AUGUAUACUAGGCUGAGCCGCGCAAUUGUUGCGUCGUCAUGGCUCUUCUCUGCCAUUCUCCUGGCAGAUGCGGCUGCCGAUCGCCCGAAUAUCGUCUUCAUCUUGACAGAUGACCAAGACAAUCAUAUGGGAACACUGGAUCAUAUGCAGUCGCUGCAGAAGCAUCUGGUCCAUCAGGGCACCACGUUUGAGAGACAUUACUGCUCCACGGCCAUUUGCUGUCCGGCCAGGGUCAGCCUGUGGACUGGGCAGCUGGCUCAUAACACCAACGUAACAAACGUGAAUCCUCCCUGGGGAGGUUAUCCCAAAUUCGUCCAGAACGGAUACAAUGACCACCACCUUGCCCUCUGGCUACAGCAGUCAGGCUACAACACCUACUACGCGGGAAAGCUCUUCAACGCUCACACCGUCUACAACUAUGACUCGCCUCCUGUCAGUGGAUAUACUCAGUCCAACUUCUUUCUUGACCCUUUUACGUACCAAUAUUACAAUGUCAGCACCACAAAGAACGGAGCGCCUCCAACCAACCCUGUCGGUAAGUACUCUACCGAUAUCGUAGCCGAGAGCGCCAACGAGUUCCUCGAUCAUGCUCUUCAAGACGAAGAAUCUCCUUUUUUUAUAACACUUGCACCAAUUGCACCUCAUGCUCUCGUGGCCGGGGGAUCGAGGGCAUCAUUCGAUCCCCCACAAGUUGCAGAGCGGCACGAGGGCCUCUUCCCCGAGUAUAAGAUCCCCCGGACGCCAAACUUCAAUCCCGAUUCCCCCAGCGGCGUGGGCUGGAUCUCAAAGCUCCCUAAACUCAACGAGAGCGUUGUUGACUACGACGACGAAUACCAGAGGCUGCGUCUCCGGUCGUUGCAGGCGGUAGAUGAGAUUAUCGAAUCUGUCGUCACCCGUCUCGACCAGGCCGGCGUGCUCGAAAACACCUUCAUCUUCUACACUUCAGACAAUGGCUACCACAUUGGUCAGCACCGGCUGCAUCCUGGCAAGACGUGUGGCUUCGAGACCGACAUCAACGUGCCUCUCGUUGUCCGUGGCCCUGGCGUUCCCGCGCAGCGAAUCACUCGCACCCCCUCUUCACACACGGAUCUCGCUCCUACCAUAUUGAAGAUUGCGGGCGUUGAAAUCAAUGACAAGAAAUUCGAUGGCUCUCCAAUUGAUAUUUAUGAUGCCGAGGUUGAGCUUCGUUCAGAACAUGUCGCCGUUGAGUUUUGGGGGUUUGGGCUCGCUGAGAGCAUCUUUGGUAGAGAGAGCGGCGAGCCUAUUUACGUCAAUAAUACGUUCAAGGGGCUUCGCAUUGAAGCCGAAGACUAUGGAUUUUACUACUCCGUCUGGUGUAGUAACGAAAGGGAGCUCUAUGACAUGAAGGCCGAUCCAGGACAGAUAAAUAACCUCCUCUCGCCAAAGGACGGGAAGGCCAGCGCUAGUGCUCUCGUUAUCAACAGUCAUCAAGAAUGGCCUCUUGAGCGUGUGGUCGAUCGCCUAGACGCUCUCAUGAUGGUCCUCAAAUCCUGCAAGCAGCAAUCUUGCACCCACCCCUGGAGGAGCUUGCACCCAUCGGGCAAGGUGAACAAUCUCCUCGAUGCGCUUUCAUCCGACUAUGAUGACUUUUACGGAGGACAAGUGAAAGUGAGUUUCACCAGAUGUGAAGGCGGGUACAUUGUCGAAUCGGAAGGGCCGCAGGAUUUCCAUGCCCUUGAAGCUAUGGCAGACUUUAAUGACGAUAAUGCCAUUUAUGAUGUACCAGGGCAGCGUGUUUUGAUCAAUCCUGAUUGGAGCCUCUGGGAGUAG